CUGCCUCCGAUGGUUCCACAGUCUACACCCUUGUUGCAAAGGUGAGGUUGCAGAGAUUUGUAUGCUGGAUGGGUGUGGAGCAGAGACCGCCGCAUGCUAGCGUUGGGUGCAUGUGCAAAUUCUUGGAAUGUGGAACGGUCCUGCCUGCUACAAUUACAAUACUUGAUGUAAGUUGGCUGAUGCCGUCCAUUUGCUUUUUUUUGACUUGGUUUACACUUUACCCUUUCAACCUCUAAUUAUACCACCCCGACUGGUCCAACUGAACAGUUUUGGUGAGCCAGUAGGAUCAAGGAUGUUUGCACUGUAGUAUCUUAGCUGGUGUGGUUUUGUUUCCAUCCACUUCUCAAUCGCAGCUUUUCCUCUUCUGGGGGCUCAUGGCGGCGCCAGUCGGGCCCAGCUACAGUCUUGCAUCGAUAGACUUGUCUCGCGCUUGGGUUGAUUUGGUCAAGAAGGACCACGUCGUGGCAACCACUCGGCUGAAGCCCGAUGCGGACAUCACCGUCCGCUAUGGAGUCCGCCUUUCUCAUCAGGGCGGCUCGAUAGUGUUUGAAGACUUCGUGGAGGAAGUUGAUCAGAGCGGUUCCACGGAAGUCGCAGAGUCAGAGCUGGUAAAGAAUAUCAAGGAGACCCUAUCACGCUGUCGAGAUGCUGAAGGUUCAUCUCUAAAGUUCAGAGUGAAAGGUCCUUUUGCUUGUCAAUUGCAGCUCGUCCGUACCAUGCGGCCUGCCCCUGCUUUUGGUCCCUCGGAGAGAUGUUCUUCCCGUCCCCCUCCCUAUGAUUCCAGCACAGACUCCUUUGUCACUGGACCUCUCCGUUUGGAAUUGCGACCCUUGCUGGGACGAGUGAAGCUUGCGGGGAUGACCAAUGAUUGGGAUAUUUAUCACAACAUGAGUCCUGCAGAUGUUCGAGGGCAUUUCCUGCUCCUUCCAUCCUUGUCUGAGAGGAGCAACUGGAGAAGUCAGGCCUUUGAGCGCUCAGAUUGCAGUGACAUGGUGCUGCUGUCCAGCUCGAUUGAACCACCUGGCUCUUUGGUUUUGGGUUUCAACAGCAUUGGCGCGGGAGCCAGUCAGAACCAUAUCCACUGCCAUGCCUCACCCCCGCCAGCAGGGGAUCAAGCUUUGACUGAAUCCUGGGUUUAUCCAGUAGCCCAAGCCAGUUCCAUUGCCUCGGUCAACUUCAAAGACUCGGUGACCCUCUCCUGGUUGGAGUAUCCGGUUUUUUCGCUUCGUCUUUCGCUGAAAGCAGGCUCCAGCGACGUGAUGUUACUGGGCCACGUGCUCCAUGCAGUCCUGGAGGUUCUGGCUGAGGCGCCCUACAACAUCGGCUUUCUCAACCAGCCUGCACCCAUGGCUCCGGCUUCUCCGGAGGUCUUCGUGUUUGCACGGGCACAAGAGCGUGCGACGACUGUGCCAUCUUUGAAGAUGGGAGUCAGUGAGAUGAUGGGCGUCUUCCAUGCACAGAGCCAUGAAGAAUUGGAUCGCUUCACUGCACCUGGCGGCGAGAACCCGAUGGCCGUAGCUUUGCGUGAAGUCUCCAUCGAGCAUCCUGAGACACUUUGGAGGUCCAUCAAGGACAAGCUGACGCUGGAGCUGACGCCUGAGUUCACUCUUCGGAGCUGAGAGAUUCACUCUUCCGAGCUGAGGGAGCGUUCGUUCGUGGCUGGACCAACUGGCUGGACCAACUGAAUUCAUGCCACACCUAAUCCUCGAUCAAUGAGAUGAGAUGUGGACGAGGCGGCUGGACCUUGCGUCGGCUGUUUGCUGCGCGGCCGAAGAUGCUGGGAAGGCUGUCAUUGGUGGUCCGCAUCGGCACAGCUAGCGUCUCAACGCUUUUGUUGUAAGCAACAUUGACAUCUCAUUUGCUAAACGGUGUUUGGGUUGAAGGCCUUUGCAUCAGAUAAUGUUUUAAGUUCCUC